GAAUUGCUACACAGAUCUUGCUGUAACAAAAACAAACAUCCCAUAGGCCACAAUUCCCUUCCUAACGUAACAUUUUCCCAUGCAGUCCAACUGGUCCCCGCUAUCCACUAGUCAUCCUGUGGGACCCAUCCCAUGCCGUGCUCUCCCCCCAAGAAUCGCAAAGAUGGAAACGGCGAUCGCGCGUGCGUUUUGAUGAACCUCUCCCAGGCUUUACCAUUCAAAAAUGAAAACCCUUCCUUCCUUCCCGCCCACUAAAGUCUCCAAAAACACAUCCAAGGAUUUGAAGCUAUUUAGAGAUUCUGAAAAUCAGAGAUUAUUGACUGAGACAGAGAGAAGAUGGCAGUGAAUCAAGCUGGUUCGUCGCUCGAUUCUCUCAUAUCUUCGUUUAAUACUCGAAUCGCUGAGCUUCAAGAACUCGUUAUCGGCCGAAACAUGUAUGCGGCGGGCAGCAUCACUGAUCUGUCGGCGGUGGAUGCUGCAUUGAAGGCGAUGGAGCUGCAGAUACAAGCUAUCAAGGACCGGUUGCGUGAGGAGACUGAGGCUAUUCCUAAAGCUAAGAAACUCAUCAAUGCAUCACUGCAGCAGCAGAAGAAGUUGCAGAGUUUGUCUGUUCAUAUUCCCUCGCAUUUGCCAGAAAGAAUUACCGUAUUGAAUUCAGAUACAAAUAGAAGUGUACAUUCUGAAGCCUCUAAUCUACAACCUGGGUUUGGUUCUUUGAAGACUGAGGAGGAGCCUGCAGCAUUACCCAAGGGAAAAAAGGGCCGUGCCUCUCCACCGUUAUGGUAUAUAACUGCUGAUGAGCUAGAUUCCCUGUCCUCAUACAUGAGAGGAAGGCUCACACUAGAUAAGGUUAAUGCUGCUAUCAAUGACAUGGCAGCAUAUGCUGAAAUGAAUUCUCAGCUUAUUGGAGCCUCAAAGAAAAAGCUGGCAGAAAAUCUAUGGGAAAAAGCAUUGGAAGUAAGGGAUAUUGCAAUGACAGAAACAAUAAAGGGAAAACACUUUUUCCUUGAAACAGACAUAAAAGGGCCAACAUUGAAGCUUGACAACACCGGAAAAGCUAUACUGACAGCAACAAUCUCCGUCUGCAUAAACCGUAGCCUAGCAAAUUACUUCAUUGCCAAUUCCAAUCACCAUCCCAUACCCAAAAAUGGCUUCCAAGGCUGUUGCAAGCACUGCCCUUUUUCUCUCCCUUAACCUUCUCUUCUUCACUUUGGUGAGCUCAACUCAUCAUCUUGUCCCUUGUCCAUCACCAGUAGCUACGGCCACUUGCCCAAGAGACACCCCAAGGCUAGGAGUAUGCUCUAAAUUAUUAAACGAUUUGU